AUUACCUCAUUAUCAGGGUCAAUAAGUGGGAAGAGUCCAUGUUUAUAUGAUAUUAGGCUUUGGCAUAAGUUCGUAUAUUCUUUCAAAAGUGAUGCGAGUGUGCAGGACUUCUUCCCAUAUCUGUCUCAUUCAUUCCUCCAUCCUCCUAUCAGUCCUUUCUCGUUUUCUUCACAAAAAUAAUUAGAAGGAGGGGGUUAGGGCAGGAGGAAAGAAGGAAGGGAGGAUUGGCAAAAAGACAAAUGAUCUGCGCCCUACUGAAUUCCUCAUUUCAAGCACAUGAUGACCACCUCGAAGUUGGAGAAGUUAGAAACGGACCUUCCAAGGAGCACAUGCAGCACAACAAAGUUAAAAAUGAUAUUGCAGAAAUUGAAAGUUUCUGUUCCGGCUGGGCUCCAUUUUGAGUGCGUCGACGGAGAGUAGCUUAAACGCUUUGCUACUACAUCUUUCCAUAAUAUGGAAGAUCCUUUCUCAGGCACAUGUGUCUCUGAGGAUCAAGGUGCUAAAUAUGAAGCUUUAAGCCCUAAGCAGCAGAAGCGGGCACCCUCACCUGUACCCAGCGGUGUUUCUAUGAAGAGUGAUUGGUCAAAGAAUGAUCCAAUCAACUUCGGACAGGGAACCUUUCACGAUGAAGAGAGCUCCAUGCAACACAGGCGGGCACCCUCACCGGUACCCAGCGGUGUUUCUAUGAAGAGUGAUUGGUCAAAGAAUGAUCCAAUUAGCUUUGGACAGGGAACCUUUCACGAUGAAGAGAGGUUGCAAGCAGACCAGCAGUCCACGAGGACAGACAGUACAGCACAACAAACUUUGGGUCAAAGGCUCACACUGGAGGAGCAAAGAGUCCAGUUUGCCCAUAAAAAAUAUCUGGAAGUCAAAUGUCGGUGUCUGAUUGAGGGAAUCUCACAGCAGAGAACCCCCAGGGUCCUCAAUGAGAUCUAUACUGAGCUCUACAUCACAAAAGGGGGAACAGGGGAGGUCAAUGAUGAACAUGAAGUCAGAUGGAUUGAGAGAAAAUCCUGGAAAGAUGCACCACAAGGCAAACCAAUCAAAUGCAAUGAUAUCUUCAAACACUCUGAUGAGCGAAGCAAACAAAUAAGGACAGUGUUGACAAAGGGAGUGGCUGGCAUUGGAAAAACCGUUUCCGUCCAAAAGUUUAUUCUCGACUGGGCUGAAGGAAAAGCUAAUGAAGAUAUUCAUUUCAUAUUCCCGAUUCCAUUUCGGGUGUUGAACUUGAUGUCCCAGAGAAAUCUCAGUCUGAUGGAUCUAAUUCAUCAGCUUUUCACUGAGACAAGACACUUGACUGCAACAACUCUACUUGGCAAUGAUGAUCACAAAGUCCUGUUCAUUUUUGACGGUCUGGAUGAGUAUCGUCUCUCUCUAGAUUUCCAGAACAACAAGAUCUGUCACGAUGUGACGGAGCCAACGUCGGUGGAUGUGCUACUGACAAACUUGAUCAAGGGGAAUCUGCUUCCCUCAGCUCUUCUCUGGGCCACUUCCCGGCCAGCAGCCAGCAGUCAAAUCCCCUCAGAAUGCAUCGACCAACUGACGGAAGUCCGAGGUUUCACUGGCCCUCAGAGGGAGGAGUACUUCAGGAAGAGAAUCAGUGACGAGAACCUGGCCCACAGAACAAUCACUCACCUGAGGUCAUCCAGAAGCCUCUACAUUAUGUGCCACAUUCCAGUCCUGUGUUGUCUCACAGCCACUGUUCUGGAAAGAAUGUUGAGUAACGUAGAGAAUGGAGAGGCCCCCAGGACUUUGACACAAAUAUACACACGGUUCCUGAGCAUUCAGAUAGACAUCAAAAAAGAGAAAUACACAGAGAAAGACAAGGAUGAUGACAUGAUUUUCAAACUCGGGAAACUGGCUUUUGAGCAGUUGGAGAAGGGCAAUCUCAUCUUCUAUGAGGCAGACCUAAAGGAGUGUGGCAUUGAUGUUACAGAGGCAUCAGUGUAUUCAGGACUGUGCACUCAGAUCUUCAGAGAAGAAUUGAGCCUGCAUUACGGAAAGGUGUUCUGCUUUGUGCAUCUGAGCAUUCAGGAGUACCUUGCCGCUUUGUAUGUGCUUCUCUGCUUCGGCAGAAACAUACCUGCCAAACUCCAGCCUUCCCAGCUUUUAGCACUCUUCCAAGCUCCAACUCUUUUCGACCUGCACAAGGCUACUGUGGAUCUGGCUAUGCAGAAUGAGAAUGGUCAUCUGGACCUUUUCCUCCGUUUCCUGUUGGGCCUCUCACUGGAUUCCAAUCGGGCUCUUUUACAAAACUUUCUUCCAGAGACAUGGGGUCAGUAUCACAAGUCGGAUCAAACCGUCCAGUACAUCAAACAGCAGAUCAGGAAGAAUCCAUCUGCACUGCUAGAGAACUCUAAGUACUCCAGGAGUUCUUCGGUACGAAUGAUCAAUCUCUUCUACUCUCUGAAUGAGCUGAAUCAUCACGCUGUGGUGGAGUUCAUUGACAAGGCCUCAGGGUCAGGAACAGUCACUGUAGUGAUGCUUUUAUCGGGGGAAUGGAACACAAGGAAGUUUGUCUUUAAGGUGUCAGAAGAGGAGCUGGAUGAUUUUGACCUGCAGAAGUACAUAAAGUCACCAGAGAAAGAUUUGACGGAAUUUCUGAGUCCGGACGAGGUGCUUCAGAGGCUGCCUCCAUUGGUCACAGCAUCAAUGUCAGCGGACCUCGUUAACUCCAAGCUCUCAGAGAAAAGCUGUGCAUCUCUGGCAUCAGCUUUAAGAUCGGAAUCUUCAGACCUCAAAGAACUAAAGCUGAAUGGCAAUGAGCUGAAGGACUCAGGACUGAAAGUUCUGUGUUCUGCACUUAGUCAUCAGAACUGCAAACUGGUGAAACUAGAGCUUAUUGGCUGUAAGUUAUCCGAGAGAAGCUGUUCUUAUAUGGCCUCAGCCCUCACCUCCAGUUCCUCAAGUCUGAGGGAGCUGAACCUGAGUGGCAAUGACCUGCUGGAUUCAGGAGUGAAACAUCUAUGCACAGCCCUCUGUAAUCCAAACUGCAAACUGGAGACGCUAUGGCUUUUUAACUCAAAGCUCACACAGGACAGCUGUGCCUGCUUGGCCUCAGCCCUCAGCUCAAACUCCUCAAGCCUCACUGUGCUGAACCUGCGGUAUAAUAAACUGAGGGCAUCAGAUGUUGAGCUGCUAUCUGCUCUGGAGAAGAACCCAAACUGUAAAUUGAAGACACUACGAUGGAAGUAUUGAUCACCAACUCUUCAACAUUUCCUGGCAUGAUUCAGUAGCCUGUAUACCAGACUUUCUGACUUCGCAGAGAGUCUGGCCUAGAUCCAUAGGCAAACGUUUAUUUCCGAGUGGGAGGGCACAGUUUGAAGUUUCUCUGCAUCACACCCUUAACAAGCAAGCUUGCUGGAUCUUAUCAGCAAACAAGUU